AUGGCGUCCAAAGCAGUAGCAAAGGCUGCUGGAGGCGUGAUGAGCGUCAGCCAGAAACAAACCCUGCAGUCUACGGGAAUCUGGGACCGCAUCCGCCGCGUCCUCGCCGUCGACCCCAACCGCAGCUCCGGUGUACCGCUGAACCCAUACUACCGCAACCCGAACCCGGGCAGCAACGACCCGCUCGCCUACGACGACCCCGUCACCAUCCCGGCCGGUGACAUUGCAGACAACCCCUACUGGAAGCGCGACGCGCGGCGCAACUACCCCAAGCUCUCGUUUGUCAACCAGGCUGAUGCCGUUGCCCUCCUGGGCGUCGGCAGCGCCGCCAGCCCCAAGCAGGAGCUGAUUGGUGAGGCCGGAGAGCAGGCCCUGGUGGCUGCCAAGAGCGAGGGUGUCGAGGGUGGUCUGGCCAAGUUCUUCGAGGCCAAGGGCCCGGCGACGGCACAGGAGUUGUUGGUAAAUGGUCUGCCACCGCUGCCCAGCGGCCAGGCCCUCAAGAAGGAUGGCAGUGGCCUGUGGGAGGCAAAGCAGUACGAGCUGGUGGAGGAGCAAACAUACCCUGACGACGCGUACCCGUGCCGUGUGUUCAAAUAG